CUUUAGACAAGCCAUCUCUGAAACACCAUGGACAAUAUCUACAAGGCAGCGGUUGAGCAACUCACAGAGGAGCAAAAAAGUGAGUUCAAGGCUGCCUUUGACAUAUUUGUGCAAGAUGCUGAAGAUGGCUGCAUUAGCACAAAGGAGCUUGGGAAGGUGAUGAGGAUGCUGGGACAGAACCCUACUCCAGAGGAACUCCAAGAGAUUAUUGACGAGGUGGAUGAAGAUGGAAGUGGCACAGUGGACUUUGACGAGUUCCUGGUUAUGAUGGUGAGGUGCAUGAAGGACGACAGCAAAAACAGGUCUGAAGAGGAGCUUGCAGACAUUUUCAGAAUGUUUGACAAAAAUGCAGAUGGCUAUAUUGACUUGGAGGAGCUGAAGAUGAUGCUGGAAGCCACUGGGGAGGCCGUCACAGAGGACGACAUAGAAGAACUGAUGAAAGAUGGAGACAGGAAUAAUGAUGGGAAAAUUGAUUACGAUGAAUUCCUGGAAUUCAUGAAAGGAGUGGAGUAA